UUCUUUCUUCCAAAUUUUCCUUCAUCCACAAACAACUCAAAGACUUCUUCACACCUUACCCCUACACAAAAUCCCCUCAUCACUGUCAAUAUGACAAUCCCCAACCAAAGCGUUAACCUUGCGGUCGUCAGCAAGCAGAAGAUGUUCAAGCAAGGCAAAGUCUGCAUUCAGUUUCGAGAGACAGGUUCCUGCAAGUUUGGCACCCACUGCAGGUUCGAGCACGUCAAGAAGCAAGAAUCUUCUAUUCAAACACUCUCCCAGCAAUCGUCUACUUCACAAACAUCCUCUGUCGCACCGGUUGUCCCCAACGUUGCCACGCAAAAGCUCGCUUCGACCAGCAUGGCUAGCCCAUCCAUCAUCAACGAGCCCGCAGCAAAGGAGAACAAUGGUGUUACAGCUACCACCAAGCAUCAAAAGAACUGUCCUCGAUUCCGGAAGACAGGUCAUUGCAAAUUCGGUGCUCAAUGCCGCGACAAGCACGUUGAGAAGCCAGUCACCUUGAACCAGCCAUCCCCCUCUACCGCAUCUACCUCCAACACUCUUGCACUCGAUGUCAAGAAGCCCACCUCUGCUCAGAGUGAUGGUCUUGCUGUCACCAACAAGAAGAAGAGAGGAGUCUGCCAUCAAUUCACUCGAUCAGGCACAUGCAAGAACGGCGAAGAAUGCCAAUUCAAUCACAUCCUCAAGCAUGGCGCCUCCGUUGUCUCUGGUGGCCAACAAAAGCCUCAGCCAGUUAUCGCCAAUGCCGCUGUCAAGAAGCACAUCUCCUUCGCUCAAGCAGCCUCCAAGGGUCUCCGAUCAGUCGAUAAUCCACCGAACUCUACCAUGAAGCCUAACGAUGCAGCCAACCCGAUGCCAUCUCAGCAUGCCCGAUCAGCUUCCGCAGCUUCUUCGGUUUCCACCACAGUUACAGAGACGUCCACCACUUCAAGCAUCUCGAGUCCGGCUUCUUCAGUUUCCAGCCUUGCAUCCACCACUGUUUCGAAGGCAUCAAACAUCUCGACCGCCUCAGUGGCUUCCUCAAAGGUGUCAUACUUAGAGAUCACUCCGAUCAAGACCUGGGAUGUGUUUGCAGAUGGUAAAUGGUGGGCAGGCAAGCUGAAGGCUACUACCAAGGCCAAGUUUUUCGCUCCUUAUAUCCUCGCCAACCAAGUCACGGCCGGCUUGCUUCAUCAAUAUGGUCUUGCAAGCAAGGGCAAGGAAGAUGUCUUCAACAAGGGUGACCAUGGAGUUUUCCACUACUUCCCACAUCUUCCUGGAGAGUUACGCAACAAGAUUUAUGGCUACAUCGCGGUUGGCACGGUCAACAAUGUCACAAUCAAAUGCAAGGAAUCCCUCACCCUAGAUAACAUCUAUCAACCGGGCGACGGCUUCAAAUCAAUGGGAGCCCCUCCAGCAAUGCUUCAUGUCAGCAGCGAAGCACGCUCAUACCUUCUCGGCAAUGGUUACUACGAACUUGCCUUUGGCACUCUAUAUGCUCCUGCUCGCACAUAUGUCAACUUCGCCAAGGAUCGUGUAUUCAUCAAUCUUGAUGGCCAUCAUCAGCUCCGCCCAGCUUUUGGAAUGAUGUCACGCAGAGAUCUUCUUCGCAUCAAGCUUCUAGCUCUUCCUUGCAAGCAUGCUUACGGUGACUACCAAAACUUCUUCCGCCAGCUCGCUAAGAUGUCGCAUCUUCGCAAGGUAGAUCUGCUUCUCGGUGACUCUCCCGAUGACGCCAAGUACGCACAGAACAUGAAGUAUAUGUCCCUCUGGCGACACGAGAUGAAGAGCCAAUGGGAGCUUCGCUGGGCAACGGCACCAAAGGUCCUGGAUCGUGGUGUCCCAAAGAUCGACUAUUGCCUCAUCGACGGAGUUGAUGCUCGUUUCUAUGGCAUUGAUGAUUUGAAGUGGUUCGCUGGUCAAGACAACAACACCUUGGUCUUCGACAGACUUGGUUACAGAGUUAGAGAGAACAUGGGUUCGGGAUGGUAUGAAGGUCCUAAGACGGUCAGGAUUCCAAGACGUUGAGAAUCUCGGGAUUGGAUCGUGGAUGGAUAUCAGUUUUCAUCAUUUGGCUGAUCUUGUCUUUCGAUGAAUACUUGAUGGCUUGGAUGGUUGCAGGAUGGAUAUCAUAGCUCUUUGAUCAUUAGCUGGUCUUGUCUUCCGGGAGAGCUUUAUCAAAUGGUUUCCUUUCGUGGAGUUUGUUAUUUGGUUCAUCCUGGUGGCGUUUCGGAUGAUACCUUGAUCGAUGAUCGAUCCUAUACUUGGCUGUAUGCUUAGUUACUUUGCUUUACG